UUACAAGAAAAUGACUUCUCCAAUUUUUGCUUUGUAUGUGACAUGCCUGCUCUUGGGGAGAACGGCUCACACUACAGCUAUGAAGCCAUCAUCAUCUUCACACUUUGUAUCAGCUAAUGGUGGUGAAAAUGUGACUUUGGAAUGUUUCUUUGAAGAUAAUGCUGCAGUGAUGUUUUACUGGUAUAAACAAACUCUGGGACUACAACCAAAGCUGAUGUCUAAAUUCUAUAAGCAUGACAAAAAUGGCAAUCUUCAGGGUGAAUUUAAGAAUGAUACACACUUAACACUGGAAACUAGCCUUGGUAAAAAUCACUUGAAAAUUUCAGGUGCAAAAAAUUCAGACUCAGCUACUUACUACUGCAUAAGUGGUUAUUCAUACGUGUAUGAUUUUUUAGAGAGUAUUAUUGUGAGUGUAAAGGGUUCAGGUUUGAACAUCAGAGCUAAAGUCCAUCAGUCGGCAUCUGAGAGCAUCCAGCCAGGAGGCUCUGUGACUCUGAACUGUACAGUACACACUGGGACCUGUGAUGAUGGAGAACACAGUGUGUACUGGUUCAAAAACUCUGAAGAAUCUCAUCCAGGACUCAUUUACACACAUGGAGGUGGGAAUUAUCAGUGUGAGAGGAACACCUACACACAUACAAAAACAUGUGUCUACAACUUACCGAUGAAGAGUCUGAAUCUUUCUCAUACUGGGACCUACUACUGUGCUGUCGCCUCAUGUGGACAGAUACUGUUUGGAAACGGGACCACGUUGGAGCCAAAGCAUGAGGAAGACUCUCUUGUCUUGGUGUAUAUCUUGAGCGGAGCUUUGGUGUUCACCACCAUCCUGGUUGUCUUCUUGGCUUACACAGUAUAUAAAAUGUUGAAGACAAAGAGCUGCCAAUGCACAGACUCGCAAGCAAGAUCAUCAGCUGCCUCGGCUCCAAAUGGAGAGGGCUACCAAGACGCAGAUAACCUCCAUUAUGCUGCUUUACGGGAGAGCAAAGUCAGCAGAUCAAAAAGACAGAGGGAUGACACCUGGACUGAAUGUGUGUACUCUAGUGUGAGAUAGUAGAGCUGGUUAUGCUCCCUUUUUACUUUGUGUCUGUAGAAGUAGAAGUUAUAGAUCUCAUCUGA